CCACUACCUCCUACUCCUCCCUCCGCUCGACCAUCAUGCACACCGUGUGCUAAUCAACUCGGCGGAAUGUCAUUAUACAACGGAAACUACGGCGAAUUGGUCGAUUUCAAGGCAUACUCCAGGAAGAACUAGACUUUCCGACUUGCCAUCACACCCGCCACCACAAUCCACGACAUCCACUCUCACUCUCCACCUUCCGCCAACCCAACACGAAACUACCGAUAUAACGCUUCGUCGACACCGAGCACUCGAAGAUCACCAUGCACAUCACCGAAAAACUCCGGCAGGCUCACAGCAAGGGCCAGGCGACAUGCUCGUUCGAGUACUUCCCGCCAAAGACGGCACAGGGUGUGCAGAACCUGUACGACCGUAUGGACAUGAUGCACGGGCUCGGCCCAGCUUUCAUUGAUGUGACAUGGGGCGCUGGUGGCCGGCACUCGUCUCUGACCUGUGAAAUGGUCAAGGUGGCGCAGACUGCCUAUGGCCUGGAGACAUGCAUGCAUCUGACCUGUACAGACAUGGAGCGGAGCAAGAUCGAUGAUGCGUUGAAGGAAGCUUACAAAGCUGGCUGCACCAACAUUCUGGCCCUCAGAGGUGACCCGCCCAGAGAGCAGGAGAAGUGGGAGGCUACCGAGGGCGGAUUCAGAUACGCCAAGGACUUGAUUGUCCACAUCAAGAAGACAUAUGGUGACCAUUUUGACAUUGGUAUCGCAGGCUACCCAGAGGGACUGGAUGAGACUUGCGGAGCAGAUGAGCAUAUCAUAUAUCUGAAGGAAAAGGUGGAAGCUGGCGGCACUUUCAUCGUGGCUCAGAUGUGCUACGAUGCAGACAUCUUCAUUGAUUGGGUGAAGAAGUGUCGCGCUGCUGGCAUUCCGGAAACUGUGCCGAUCAUCCCAGGCAUUAUGCCAAUCUCCACCUACGCAGCUUUUCUGAGGCGAGCAAACUGGACAAAGGCGCAUGUUCCACCACAUUGGAUGGAGGCACUAGAGCCCAUCAAAAAUGACGAUGCCGCUGUAAGGGAAGUCGGACGUGACCUGAUCGUCGAGUUCUGCCAGAAGCUGCUUGACUUUGGUCUGAUGCACCUGCACUUCUACACCAUGAAUCUAGCACAGGCUGUCACAAUGGUGCUCGAAAAGCUGGAUUUGCUACCGCCUGCGGAAAGUCCUCAUCCAGAUCUCAAGCCUCUUCCAUGGCGGCAAUCUCUCGGUCUCAAUCGACGAGAAGAGAAUGUGCGACCGAUCUUUUGGCGAAACCGAAAUCGCGCAUACGUUGCACGUACGCAGGACUGGGAUGAGUUCCCGAACGGCCGCUGGGGAGAUAGCAGAUCUCCCGCCUUUGGCGGCUUGGAUGAGUACGGCAUUGGCUUGAAGGGCACCAAUGAGCAGAAUCGCAAGAUCUGGGGUGAGCCCAAAUCGAUGCAGGAUAUUGUCAAUCUCUUCGUAGGCUACAUGCGAGGCAAGGUUGAAUCGUUGCCAUGGUCCGAGGCCAAGAUCAACGACGAGGCAAAUACUCUCGUUGACGAUCUUGUCAAGUUGAACAGUCGUGGUCUGCUCACUAUCAACUCCCAGCCUGCGGUAGAUGGCGUCAAAUCCUCGCACCCGACCUAUGGCUGGGGUCCACGAAACGGCUAUGUGUACCAGAAGCAGUAUCUCGAAGUGCUCAUCUCGCCGACCUUGAUCGACACUGUCAUUUCUCGUAUGGAUCGCGAUCCUGACAUCACCUACUAUGCUGUCAACUGCACCGGCGAGCUGAAGACAAACGCGCCUACCGAUGGUGGUCCAAACGCCGUCACUUGGGGAGUGUUCCCAGGCAAGGAAAUCGUGCAGCCCACCAUCGUAGAGACCGUAUCUUUCCUCGCAUGGAGAGAUGAGUUUUAUCAUCUGGGUCUGGAGUGGAGCAAAUGCUACGACGAAGGCAGCGAGAGUCGCAAGAUCAUCCGCGAGAUUACUCAGAAUUGGUACCUGGUCAAUAUUGUGCACAAUGACUUCCGCCAGCAGCAAGGCAUAUUCCCUAUUUUCGAUGGGCUCCAAGCACCCGGUCUCCAGGACAUCGCUGAGGUCCCCGGUGUCAAUGGACAUGCCGAUACCAAUGGCGAUUUACCGGAGACAAACGGCGUACCUGAUGGCAACAACGCUGUCAAUGGCGCAGACAAAGCUGCCAGCUCCAACAGCGCGCAGAACAAUUAGAAUAUAGACGACAAGAGAGGCGGGGACAUCUACACCUUAACGUGAUAACGAAAAGAUGGAUUUAGCGAGGCGUUCAACCGGGCAGCACGGCUUCUUCAACAAGGAGACCAGUGAGAAAAGUGCUUUCUCUCCAUGAUGAUGGCGUUGGAAUCUGAAGCAUUUUGAUACCCCAUUCAACCGGGCGGGACAGGGACGGAGACUCUGUAUUGUUUGGUAAUACAACACUCGAUGAGUGCAAUUUGCG